AUGGACCACCACUGUCCCUGGACCAACAACUGUGUUUCCCACAUCACCUUCCCCCAUUUCGUCCGCUUCCUCUUCUACGCUGUCUUUUCCCUCCUCAUCCUCGGCUUCUUCCUCUGCAUCCGCAUUAGCUACGUCAUUUCCGAAAGUACCCUCCCCUCCUACCUCGGCCCCUCAACCACCUCCCUCACUAUCCUCUUCAUAAUUACCUGCUCCGCCGGGCUCUCCCUCUUCGCCAUGUCCCUCCUCUUUCUGCGCACCGUCUAUUCCCUCACAACAAACAUCUACAUGAUCGAAGCCUGGGAAAUCGAACGCCACGAUGCCGUUAUCGAGCGCUCGAAAUCGAAAAAUAUGCGCGGCUAUGUGUAUGCGAAUGGAGGACGCAAGGUCAGGGUGCACAAAGUGGAAUUCCCCUUCGAUAUAGGCAUUUGGGAGAAUAUUGUGCAAGCGAUGGGGAGUGCGAAUAUACUUCUGUGGUUCAAUCCACUUGCAGGGGGCCCAAGUGUAGAGAGUGCGGGGACGUGGGAAGAAAAUGGAUUCAAUGAUAGAGUGGGUAUGUGGCCGCCUCCGGAUCCGGAUAAGUUGGGAAGGAGAGCGGGAUGUGUGGGUGUGGAAACGAUCCCGAUGGAAGAGAAAGUCUACGGGAGUGUAGAGGAAGAACGAGAUGCAUUUAGAAAGCGUCAAGAAGCGGAUUUGAAACGCUGGAAGAAAGAUGAUACAGGAGGUACUAUCAAUAAUGGAGAUGGAUAUUAUGAAGAAGAUGACGAAGAGGAGGAAAAUGAAGAUGAAAGUGAAGAAUAUGAAGAGGGACUUGACGGAGAAGAAGGCUGGACAAAUUCAGAAGGUGAUAGAUUGAGAGAUUAUGGGGUAGAUGAAGAAGCGGAUAUUGUGGAUGAAGAUGAUAUACCGUUGGGAGAAUUGAUACGACGACGUAAAGCGAGGAGUUCUGAAUCGGCUUGA